GUUGUCGUCCAAAAUCCUCUGCAAAAGAUUUAGGGUUUUGAAUUGCUCAAUCGCAGACCUUCCAUCUUGCAGAUCUUCCUUCUCGCAGACAGAAAUCAUGGGUCACUCUAACGUCUGGAACUCUCACCCCAAGACCUACGGCCCGGGUUCUCGCCAAUGCCGUGUGUGUGGCAACUCACAUGGGCUCAUCCGCAAAUAUGGUCUCAUGUGCUGUCGCCAAUGCUUUCGCAGCAAUGCGAAGGAGAUUGGUUUCAUUAAGUACCGUUAAACUGUUGCAGCAUUCAAGAUUAAAGAAUUUCAACCGAGUAGUGUUUUCUUAAUAUGGAUUUCGAAUGGAUAUUUUACUUUUUAGAGUUGGUUUAUUUGUAAAACGGGAUGUUGGACUGAAGAAUACUUUUGCUACUACCUUUGAUUUUAGCACCUCAUUCUCAAUGAUCUUUGUUCUAUACUUGUUGAUUGUUAAGCUUAAUUGCAUUGCUCGGAUAAUUGUGUAGAA